AUGGCUGCCUCCAUUACCGGCACGAGGUGUUCUUGCCAUGUGGAUGGAAGAGCGCGCGAAAUGUGACUAACAGCGUAUAACAAUAUACUGCGUAAAAUUGAAGGAGUUGGAUUCCUCAUUCAUGAUGCAGCAACCACCCAGAUUUCUCAGGCCAGGUGAUACACGUCAUGGAUGGGAAGCAGAGAAGCCUGAUUUGGACCCUGAGAACAAUACAACAUUUGUCUUCAAUCCAAAUAUCUCAAAGUCCAUCGAUCAACAGAGGAAAAGACUCCCAAUUUUUAAUGUCCGGAAUCACAUAAUCUAUCUCAUGGAGAAUUUUCAGACAUUGGUUAUCUGUGGUGAGACAGGAUCAGGAAAGAGUACUCAGAUACCACAGUACCUGAUAGAAGCAGGAUGGUGCAGGGGAGGACACAUGGUGGGAAUAACUGAACCACGUAGAGUUGCUGCUACUGCGCUUGCCACAAGAGUAGCUGAUGAACGAGGAACAAUUGUUGGGGAUGAAGUUGGUUAUUGCAUACGUUUUGAUGAUCACACAAAACCUGGUUUAACACAAAUCAAGUACAUGACAGAGGGCAUCCUUGUGUGUGAGAUGAUGGCAGACCCACUCCUCCGCAGUUAUUCUGUCGUCAUGCUUGAUGAAGUCCAUGAGCGUACUCUUUACACUGAUGUGGUCUUGGGCCUGAUGAAGAAGAUCAUCAAGAAACGGCCAGACUUGCGUCUGAUUGUAUCAUCAGCAACUAUGGAUGCAGAGGAGAUCAGUGAUUACUUCAAUGUUAAGAAGGAUGGAAAGGAUACUUCGAUCAUAUUGAGCAUUCCUGGUCGCACCUUUCCCAUUGAGGUCUUCUAUAUAAGAGAUCCAGUUCCUGACUAUGUAAGAGCUUCAGUAGAGACAGCAAUGCGCAUCCAUAGGUUAGAGGAAGCAGGAGAUAUUUUGAUGUUCCUCACUGGUCAAGAAGAAGUGGACUCUGCUGUCUCUCUUAUUAAACAAGAAGUUGCAAGUCUCAGGAAAUCAAAAUAUGAUGUCCUGGUACUUCCCAUGUAUGGAGCACUGCCUGCUGGAGAACAACUAAGAGUCUUCCUAAAUCCUGGCCACAAAACUCGGAAAAUUGUUGUAGCCACAAACAUUGCUGAAACCUCAAUAACUAUUCCAGGCAUUGUUUAUGUUGUGGACUGUGGAUUUGUAAAAUUGAGAUGCUUCAAUGCCAAGACAAGGAAUGAUUCUCUAGUCAUUGUGCCCAUAUCACGAGCAGAAGCACAGCAACGAGCCGGUCGUGCUGGGCGACUCCGAUCUGGCAGGGUGUUCAGGCUUUACUCAGAGGAUGCAUAUGAGAAGCUGACACCUCAUCUUCCAUGUGAGAUGCAAAGAACAGACCUGGCUCCUGUUGUUCUUCAGCUCAAGGCUCUGGGGAUAGAAAAUAUCCUCCGAUUUCCUUUUCUGUCACGCCCACCAGCUCAACAUAUGAUCUUAGCACUAGAUCUUCUGUAUGCUCUGGGAGCCAUAAAUGAUGAUGGUAACUUGGCUGAUCCCCUUGGCCUACAAAUGGCUGAAUUGCCACUGGAUCCCAAGGUCUCCAAAAUGCUUUUGUCAUCAGGUGAAUUUGGAUGCACAGAAGAAAUUCUGACACUGGUGGCUAUGCUUCAGAUCAAUAAUGUGUUCCAAAGACCCUCCUCUGGGAACCGAGCCCUCGAGGCAAGACGGAAAAGAAGAGAAUUUGAAGUUGCUGAGGGAGAUCUCAUCACCCUCCUUAAUGUCUACAAUGCCUUUAUCAAGGAGAAAAAGAGUAAACAGUGGUGUGGUGUAAAUUUCCUGAACUACAAGGGCCUGAUGAGAGCAUGUGAGAUUCGGUCAUCAAUGGCAGGGCUGCUUCGCAAGUUUGGGGUUCCAUCAUCCUCUGCUGCUGGUGAUGUGCAAGCAGUGUGCAGGUGCAUAACAGCAGGAUUCUUCCCCAAUGCAGCCUAUCUGCAUCAUUCUGGCACUUACCACACUGUGCGUGGCGAGCCAGGCCUCCACAUUCAUCCCACUUCUGUGCUCUACACAGAAGAGCAGCCUCAAUGGAUUCUUUAUGCAGAGGUGAUCCAUUCAAGCAAGAUCUAUGUGAGAGAUGUCACAGUGAUUGACCCCAGUUGGCUUGAAGAACUUGCACCUCAUUACUAUGAGAAGAGGAUUGAAAGACCCUUCAGUCUGUGAUCUGCAUUGUGAUUGAGUCCAGGAAGUGAAUCUUCAAGACUUUCCAAACACUCGCUGUAUUUCCAUUCUCAUCUCAUUGCCAGAUGAAUGGUUCUUCUUUUCUAACAAAUGCAAUUCUUGCUGCU